AUGUCUGCCCGCGUCGGCACCCGCGCGUCGCUGGCCGCCGGCGACGCCCUUCUCCUAUCCUCGAGCCGGCCGCGCACCGUACCACCGACGUGCAACCUCCCCAUAACCCCGUGCCGCGAGAAGAGCAGCGCCGCGCGCCGCAAGAUGUACGCGUGGAUACAUAGUUCCAAGGGCCAGGUGCUCGCCAACAAUAGUGGCCCGGGGACGCUGAGCGGUCAGCCGGACAUUCCGUUUCCCAACAACCCGCUGUUUCGCAGCGAAAAGGUCGUCAAUGACCCAACCAAGCGCCUUAUCUACCAACGGGCCACGCAAGACGGCCAGGCGCUCAAGGCCAUUGCGGCGGAGAUGGGCUUGGAUGUGCGUCGGGUAGCGGCCAUUGUGAGGCUAAAGGAGGCACAAAAGCAGUGGACCAAUUCGGGCAAAAAGCUCGCCGGACCAUAUGCCAAGGCGGUGCAAGGGCUGCUCCCGAAAUGGGGCUACUACCCUGGCGAGCCUCGGCAAACGCCGUUUGAGCCUGUCAACGACAUUCACGUGCACCGAUACACAAUGCAGCAGCUCUUUGUGCCCGUCGCCGAGUCGACUGACUUUACGAGAGAGGACGCCGCCGGCGCCUUUUAUGACAACAUGUUGUCGGUGGACAAGCGCUCGCCCCAGAGUGGCCUCAUCGAUAUGGAGCGCAAAAACGUGGCCAAAACGGGCUCGCGCAAGACCAACUGGCAGGCGUUCCAGGAAGCCGAGCGCCAGCGCGAGGACGAGUUUGCGGAGCGUCUGGCGGCGGAGCAGGCUGCCGAGGAGGCGGCCACGACGCGCGUCAAGUCGGACCGCUACGAGUUUCGCUUCCGCGAGAUGAAUGUCGACGACGCGGGCGACAACGGGCGCUCACCCAAGGGCCUAGGCUGGCGCUAUGGUGCGCCGCUCAUGGACCGAAAGCGAGGUAUGAUCAAGAUUCCCAAGUCGGUGCCCCGAGUUGAUUUCAGUGGUGCACAUGCCGUUUCCUUUUGUGCUCUACGACCUCGAGGCCGACAGACAUAUAUAUCAAUGCGAACCAAACCUCACCUCGCUGGCUGCCCAACUUGGCAGUUCGAUUGUCUGUCUUUGUUGGCACAUCUAUGCUGCAUUAUGCCGGUUCUCUCUACUUCACGAUUGGACUUGGAUGAGGCUGUUGUUGUGUGGGAGGAACCCCUUUUAGGGCUACUUAGCGCAGCGAGGCCCCUGGAGCAACAUCACUGUGCCGAGGCUUCUAUGUAG